AUCCUGACAUUCUUUCACACCGUUCAUGCUCUAUGCUCUUGAAACACUGGUUGGAGAUUGAUGCUAAUCAUUGUGUCUCCUCAGAACCCUAGCCUCCCUCCAUUUCAGUGGGAAACCAAAAACCAAGCAGUUUGAGACUCGCUAAAAUUUCCCACACUAGCGAAGUCUUGCCCCGCAAUAGAAGCAGCUUCUUCCUGCAACCCAAGUCAUUAGACCAAUCCUUAAAUAAAAUAAAACAAUCAACAUGGUUCUGCACAACCCCAACAACUGGCACUGGGUGAACAAGGACGCCUCGGGCUGGGCCAAAGACUACCUUAAGGAGAAGCUCGUUGUUGUCUCCGCAGAGGACAAUGGCGCCUCCGCCAAGAUUUCCAACCUGCUGUCGAUGGAUGGCGAUGUAGACGUCAGCCAGCGGAAGGGCAAGGUCAUCACCUUGUUCGACGUCAAAGUGCAGCUGGAGUAUGAAGGUAAGACCAAGGACGAGGAGUCCGUUAGUGGUACCAUCACCAUUCCUGAGGUAGCCCAUGAUACCGAGGAAGAUGAGUACGUCUUUGAAAUCGAGAACUACUCCGAUUCCCCCUCCAAGCAGGCCGUGAAGGACCUUGUUCGCUCCAAGCUCGUCCCCCAGCUCCGCAAGGAACUCGCCACGCUUGCUCCGGCUCUGAUCACCGAGCACGGCAAGGACCUCCAGCACGCCCCUGGUGUCAACCCUUCCAGCGGCUUCGCUGCGCCCAAGUACCACCCCCAAAACAAGAAGGAGACCGCCGCCCCCGUCGCCACCACCACCACCACUAGCAACAAGGUCUCGGUCAACACCACCACCGUGACUGCCUCAGACGAGUUCCGCACCACCGCCGAGGAGCUGUACAACACUUUCACCGACCCUCAACGCAUUGCCGCGUUCACCCGCGGUGCUCCCCGUCAGUUCGAGGGCGCCCACGUCGGCGGUAAGUUCGCCAUCUUCGAUGGCAAUGUCAGUGGCGAGUACGUCAAGCUCGAGCCCACCGAAAUCACACAGAAGUGGCGCCUGGCCCAAUGGCCCGAGGGUCACUUCAGUACGCUCGACAUCAAGCUCGACCAGAACGAUGUCGACGGUGUGACCCAGAUGCGCGUGACCUGGACCGGCGUCCCCGUCGGCCAGGAGGACGUGACCAAGCAGAACUGGGACGUGUACUACGUCCGCAGUAUCAAGCAGACUUUCGGGUUUGGCACUAUCCUCUGAGCACAUGCAUGGAUAUGUGAAGACUUUUUAAAUUCCUCAUCUGGGAACA